AUAAUAGUGCGAAAAAGUAAUGUCGAUAACAUCGAUAGUACCUCAUCCCAUCUCUAUUCUGUACACUUUGCAUGCAAAAAAGUUAUGCAUUGGAAUUAAGCGGUUGACUGCAGCAUAUAAACACGGACUAAUCAUGGAUAAGAUUAAGCAACGUUUGGGACGCCGUCAACUAGCAAACGAGUUAAAGCAAAGACAGGCCAUAACAGACCAUCUGCUUCAGCAAAUACUCUACUCCAAGCGGCUACUGGUUGACCACGUGGAAGCGCUUGAGCAGUGCAUGCAACAAUUAACGCAGCCGGUGACCGGAGGCGAGUUACUGACCACGCGCAAUGCGUGCCUCCUGCUGGGCGGUACAAUUGUGGAGCACUUUGUAACACCACGUGGGCUGCGGCUGACAUUGUUGCCGGCUGUGCUGCUUAGUGGCACGUUUGGCGCGCUCUGUGCUGUUAAAAGCGUCUUUGUUUGCCGCAACAAAAUUGUAGAACGUAAGCUGGAGCAACUAAUCAAGAGCAUAGAUGAAUUCGGCAACUGCAUCAGACGGAAUAUGACAUAUUUCCAGGAGAUAAUCAUUAUGAAGCAAGCUGAACUUAUUGAAUCGCGGCAAAUAGAGCGCGCUUGGGACUGCAUCACAGCAGCCAAGGAGGUCACCGAAAUACUGUAUGACUCCACACGAAAGCUAGAAACGGACUACCCACUGCCCACCAAAUAUUCUCAAUACUAUGCGCCCAUGGAGGAGCUACGUGAAUGCGAGUAUUUUAAGAAUAAUGUCACGGACUACAGUCCGAAGCACAUAAAGGACUUUCACAACAUUUUUGCAUAUGUGCAGUCCCAGUAUUUACUACGCUUAGCACUGACGAUUACCACACAGCCCUCGAUAUCUCAGCUUAGUGUGGAAAUGGUUAAAAUUGAUUGCCUGAUACGCCAGCUAGUGCAGGAGGAAGAGCAGCAUUUUACGAAUCUGGCUAUAGCCAUGAACAACAGAAAGCAAUUGGAGUUGGCUGAACUGAAUGCAGAUAAGACGCACCAGCAGCUAAGCGGACCCAUAGCUGUUCUACAACAUUCAUCGCUAAAGUUGAGCGCUUGUAUGGUCGCCGUUGCAGGCGAAUGUCAGGCACUGGAUGUCACAUUGCAACGUCUGACUGAAACUGAGGCAGCGCAAAAGGACAAUGCUAAGCAGCUCGUGGCUGUAGCCAACAAUAUGCGUGGCAUCGAGAAUGCGCUGGCCGUUUGCUGUGAUGAUUUUCAGCGCCUUAUGCUGGUCUACAAUAAGUUUCUGCAUAGCAAACUCAAUGAAGACGAUGCCAGCAGUAGUGCAGCGCGUGCGCCAAGCUCUGCGGCACAGAAUGAUGAGUUUCCUGAAAGCAUUCUGCGCGUCGAGUUCUCACAGCACCCCAAUGAGCCGCAACAGUGUGACGACUUCUAUGCCUAUAUGUACGAUGAGAACGAGGCACAGCAUUAUGAAGCCGAACAACAAGCGCCGUACCCUACCCCCGAAAAAGAACUUCUUAAUUUCGAGAAACGUAUCACAAAGGGCAAAUUUAAGCCGGUCCUCAGACAGUUGAAGGAUCGCAUCGAUCCAAUACGACAGGUUAUGCUCGAGAAAGAGCGUGAAGUGCUUACAGCCAAGGGUAUAAAUGUGGACGAGCUGUUUGGAAAAAUGGAAGCCAUGGACCUCUCGCAGCAGCAGGAUAAUCGUUUAACUGACGCUGCAAGGCAUAGUGAGGCAUCCGACUCGGAAUCAGAUUCAGCUGAUGAGGAUGCCUUUAAACAGCGUAGCAAGCAGGUUAAGGAACGCGAUAACUUUGCAGAAAUGCGCAACUUUUUGGCACAAAAACAGGCAAUCAAUUUAUUCAAAUUGGAGGCAAAUACGCAGCCGCAAAUACCGCCUCCAAUGACCGGUGAGGAGGAGCUUCUGGAGAGCGAAUGCUAGAGAAAACCCACCUAAAAGGUGUUAAAACUUACAUAAUAAAAGAAGACAACACUAGUUUGGAAUCUUUUAAUAUUUAUCUAUGUAUCUCUGUUGUAGCCCAAGGGUAUUAUCUUAAUUAGCUUUUAUCUAGCUGGUGUUUGUAAGAUAAGCCACAUUUGCACAGCUGUGCGCCAACCUCUUAGCCUUGCCGCAGAGGUAGUUAAAAAUAGCAUUUGUUGCUUUUUAUUCCUGUUUUGUUUCCCUAAGACUUUGGUUGUACAAAAUCUGUAAACCAACAAUAUUGUAAUUUAUGUAAAUAAAUUUUGAAUGCAUA